AUGGCUAUCGCUUUGGCAGAAGCAGACAAAUAUGAGCUCCUGGAGAGAAUAGGAAGCGGGUCUUUCGGUGUGAUUCGGAAGGUCAGAAGAAAGGCAGAUGGAUUUAUCCUCUGCCGAAAGGAGAUUAACUAUCUCAAAAUGUCUCAUAAGGAGCGUGAGCAACUCACCACUGAGUUCAACGUCCUGAGCUCCCUCCGACACCCCAAUAUCGUAGCAUACUACCACCGCGAGCACCUCAAGGCGACCCAGGAUCUAUACCUAUACAUGGAAUACUGUGGGGGAGGAGAUCUCGGCCGUGUGAUUAAGAACCAUAAGCUCGCAGGUACAUUUGCUGAGGAGGAAUACGUCUGGCGUGUUUUCUCCCAGCUGGCAACUGCUCUGUACCGUUGCCAUUAUGGAGUUGACCCCCCUGAAGCUGGAUCCAACGUUUUGGGGCCAACACCAAAGUCGUCAGGACUCAAAGGGAAGCAGGCUCAAAUUAUGAUCCUCCACCGGGAUCUUAAACCAGAAAACAUUUUCUUGGGAGAUGAUAAGUCUGUCAAGCUAGGUGACUUUGGUUUGUCCAAACAAUUGGGCUCUCAUGACUUUGCCUCGACAUACGUGGGAACGCCGUUUUACAUGUCUCCUGAAAUCUCCGCAGGCGAGAGAUACACCUUGUACUCCGACAUCUGGUCCGUUGGCUGCAUUAUGUACGAACUUUGCAAGAAAGAACCACCAUUCAAUGCUCGUACGCAUGUCCAGCUGGUUCAGAAAAUCCGCGAUGGCAAAUUUGCGCCGCUGCCGGACGUUUAUUCUAGUGAGCUGCGAAGCGUCAUUGCCAGCUGUCUGAGGGUCAACCCCGACCACCGCCCAGAUACAGCAGCUUUGCUCAAGUUGCCAGUGAUACGCCUUAUGCGAAAGGAACAAGAGGUUGUUGAGAUUAGCAAAUCUCUCACCAGCAAAGAGGAGGCUGCCGCACAGAAGCUCAAAGAUCUGGAAUUACGUUACGCGAAGCUGGAGAAGGAGAAGGCUACCAUGAAAGCGGCUAUUGAAAGCACCGUCCGCCGAGAAUGGGAGGUCAAGGCACGUCUCGAGAUCGACCGCCAGGUGCAGAUGGAACUUGAGAAGCUCCGUAGGACCUUUGAAGUAGAGGUUGAGCAGCGGGUGUCUUCUGAAAUGCAAAAGUACAAAGAGGAAAUGGCACAGAAGUAUAAUGUGGACCACUCACAGCUUGAACCAGCUCAUCAUUCCUCCAUGGGAUCGAGCGACGAUACUGAUUUCCCCUCGUCCACUGAUUUAAGCGAGCUGUCUCUUGAUCCGCCUACCCCUGAACAGAAGCAUGCAGGGAAAAAAGGCAACCGUACUCCAUUCAGCCGCUCUAAAACUACGGUUGAAUCCCCAAUGGAUGUCCAGAUGGCAGAGCCAUCGCCGGUUUGCAUUGCCUCCUUGUCGUUAUCCCCGCGCCGGACCGCAGGGACAUCAGCGAAGAAUCUUUUCGCAGAUGGUGGACGUACAAAACCUAGAUGGGAUGAUGCCCUUACUAUGUAUUCUGAUGAUGAGGAUGAUAUCCCUGAACUUCAGUCACCAACCCGGGCAAAAAUCCAGGCAGAUCCAAGCAAGCUAGCACAUCGCCCUCUGAUGCGCCAAAACACCACUGCCAUGAUGCAGAAAGUCAACACACAACCGGACCUCUUCCCUGUUAGCAAGACAGCGGCAGGUCGACCUGUUCAAACCUCCAACUCAGCUGCACCGCAAUCUACUGAUGGACGCCAUUCUUCUGCGGAUAAUAGGAACAAGUCACCUCAGCGCCGCAUUUCUAAGAUUCCAUCUUACAACAACCUUGCCCUUGAAGGGUCCCCCUCGCGAAAGACGGCCAUGAUGCCCCCGCCCGCAAAACCGGGUGUCAACCCCGGCGGAGAGGAGAUGUUCAAGGCUAUAAUGCAACGCAACAUGGGCGGCAGAUCACUUGUUGAACUAGCCCAAGCCCGUGCUGGUGGCCGCUCUCUCGAAGAGCUCAGGCGCCCAGGGGAUAGCAAGAUCCCAGCUACUGCUGCAUCCGCGCCUGUAGCCGCGGCCACCACUGUUGCCCAGCUUGACCCUCCGGCAACCUGGGACCCAGAGAGAGACGAAAUGCCCAGCCCCUUUUUGGUCAGAAACAAAAAGGCUAUCCGCAACUUCCGAUGA